AUGGAGGGCUCCAGGACGGCGAGCUUGAAUGGGCACGCUGGGAAUGCAGAUAAAAAUGCGAGCUUGCUGUCUUCGGUUGGAAAUUCAACCAACAUUCAGUGGCAUGAGUGUUCAUUGAACAAAAAUGACAGGCAAAAGUUACUUAAACAAAAAGGGUGCGUGAUAUGGAUCACUGGUCUCAGCGGCUCAGGGAAGAGCACUGUGGCUUGUGCUUUGGGUGGGGGUUUGUACCGCAGGGGAAAGCUGUCAUACGUUCUUGAUGGAGACAAUGUCAGGCAUGGCUUGAACCGUGACCUUAGUUUUAAAGCAGAAGAUCGUGCAGAGAACAUUCGGAGAAUUGGGGAGGUGGCGAAAUUGUUUGCAGAUGCUGGAGUUAUCUGUAUUGCUAGCCUGAUUUCUCCUUACAGAAGAGAUCGCGAUGCCUGUCGUGCAAUGCUACCUGCUGGAGAUUUUAUUGAGGUGUUCAUGGACGUUCCACUCCAAGUUUGUGAGGCUAGAGACUCGAAGGGCCUAUAUAAGCUUGCACGUGCAGGCAAGAUCAAAGGUUUUACUGGGAUUGAUGAUCCAUAUGAGCCACCAUUAAAUUGUGAGAAUGGAAUGAAAGAUGAUCUGAUGUAUACCGGGGUCACAUUGAAAAGUAAAGGUCUCAUUGUUUCGUCAUCCUCUAUCCGCCUUCAGAUAGUAUUAACACAUGAAGAAGGAGUGUGUGCUUCCCCAUGUGAGAUGGCCGAAGAAGUGAUUUCUUACUUGGAAGAUAAGGGGUUCCUCGAGGCAUAG